UACUUUAUUUCACUACUUGUUCUUGCACUCAACCCCAAGGGAAAACCAACAAGAUGGGUUUGAUGCGGUCCAUUAUCCCCAAUGCGAAGCAAAUCUUCAAACCACAUUCUCUAAUGAACCGAAACCGCUCACCAUCAUCAUCAUCAUCAUCAGAUCGUCAUCGUCAUCAUGUGCCAAAGGGUCAUGUUCCUGUGUACGUGGGAGAGCAGACGGAGAAGAAGAGAUUCGUGGUUCCGAUAUCGUGCAUCAACCAUCCUUCGUUCGGAGAGUUUCUUGAAAGAGCCGAGGAAGAGUUCGGCUUCAAUCACCACAUGGGCGUUCUGACGAUCCCCUGCAAAGAAGAAACGUUUCUUGAUCUCAUCGCUUCCCGCUUAAACUAAUUAAGCAGAUCGACGGCCCAUUA